AUGGUGUGUUUACUGUCUUUGUUCCUCUGUCUGAGUCUGCUGGCCUUCGGCUCGGUGUCAGCGGAUACAGGACUGAGAAUCAGAGCUGAAGCUGGACAGGACUCAGUCAUUCUGCCAUGUGCAACUCGAAAGGAGAAAAACAUCACAGCUGUGGAGUGGAGCAGAAAUGAUCUGGAUCCAGAUUAUGUUCUUUUGUUCAGAAAUGGUCGCUUAGAGUCAGAAGGCCAGCAUCCAUCCUUCAUGAACCGGGUGGAUCUGCAGGACAGACAGAUGAAGGAUGGAGACCCGUCUGUGAUUCUGAAGAACGUGACGAUAAAUGAUGCAGGAACAUAUGAGUGUAGAGUCACUCAGGGAGGAGGAGGCCAGAGGAGGUACACCUUCAAAACCAUCAUCCAUCUUGUGGUUUCUCCUCCAGGGACCCAGGAGGGAGGAGGCAAGGGGAGAAGAGGCAAGGAGGGAGGAGCCGAGGAGGGAGGAUCUUUGGGUCUGAUCGUUGGCCUUACAGUACUUUCUGUGCUCUGUGUAUUAGUUGUUGGUGUUGCUGCUUGGAUCUGUUACAGAAAACGUGCCUGUUUACAGAGGAACUCGCAGCAUCUUCCGGUGGACCAAACGGAACCAAAGCCGGUCUGA